AUGCGAUUACUACUUGGAUUACAACGUGCUCGAUCUGUUGCUUUAACAGAAGAUGAUGAUAUUGUUGUGAUGCAAAAUACAAAAUAUGAGUCACAAGACCCCUCUCUACUUAUAACUUAUAGACGUAUAGCAAUUAAAGACAAAAUUCGUUUACACACACCAACUCAAUUACUGGAUAAAUCUGUUUAUCGUAGUCCUAAAAACAUAAUAGUGUUAAAGACGAUGG